AUGCCUGACUUCCGCCGUCUCUUCACCCUCCUCAAGAUCCUCACCUGCGACUGCUUCAGUCCCAGCGAUCCCGAUGCUCCCAAGAAGCAACCCGCGAAUGCUCGACCUCUCCUCGGAGAAGUCAACUACGUCAACUACCGAUCCCGACCUGAAUACUCUCACAGUACGUGUGGCACCCCCUUUGUUUUUCUUACCUUUCCUGAUGGAUUUCAGUGCGUGAUGUUUGAGCCAGGUGAACCUAUACCAGCCGCAGCUCGCGAUGCGAACAGAAUCAACCGGCCUAACGAGGUUGAUGAAUCUGUAACUGGAGCAGCUGGUGAUGUGAACGGUGCGAGCAAGCCCACGGACAAGGGCAAGAGCAGGGCUGAAGAUUAA